UCGUCGUCCCCUGAAUUCCGAUCGCAAUUCUCAUCGCAGCAGCCUCCAAUGGCGCCUCCUCCUCCACACCUGCUCCCGCGCUCUUCUACCAUCAUCAGCAGCGCCGUCAACCCCGCAUCCCCACACAAUGGUAUCCACAGGUCCAGCUCGUCCAUCCCAAACGCCGCCACCACUCCGGCCGCGGCGGCUCAGCUCUCGCUGCUCCGCGCCCACGCGCGCGCCGGCAGGAUGCGGCCCGCGCGUGAGGUGUUCGACGCAAUGCCAGCGCCGGGACGGUCGCUCGUCGCCUGGACCGCGCUCAUGUCCGGGUACGCCACUCAUGGGCCGGCCACCGAGGCGCUCGAGCUGCUCCUUUGCAUGCUCGGCCUGCACCUCAGGCCCGAUGCUUUCGUCUUCUCCGUCGCGCUGCGUGCCUGCGCUGCCGUCGGGAGCCUCCGCCUCGGCAGGCAGCUGCACGGCGCCGUCGCCAAGCUGGGCUACGUGGGCGCCGACCUCUUCGUGGCCAACGGCCUCGUCACCAUGUACUCGAGCUGCCAGUCCCUCCGUUGCGCCGAGAAGGUGUUCAGUGGCAUCGCCGCGCCGGACAUAGUUUCCUUGACCUCCAUGCUCAGCGCGUACACCGAGAACGGAUGUGACGCCGAGGCACUGAUGCUGUUCAUGGAAAUGGUCUGUGAUGGCGUCGCGUGUGAUGCUUUCACUCUGUCGGUAGCACUCAUGGCAGCUUCAAGUUUGGGCCAUGUUGGAUUGGGCCAUCAGCUGCACUGCUGCAUGAUCAAGAUGGGGUUGGUCGGCAACGAGUUCUUGGAUAAUUGUCUGAUCGGAUUCUAUGGGAGGUCCGGUGAACUGCUGCUGAUGCGAAAGGUGUUUGAUGAGAUGGAUUGCAAAGAUUUGGUUUCUUGGAACACCAUAAUCCAGAGCUAUGCAGGAAACUUGUGUGAUAAAGAGGCGUUAGCUCAUUUUCGUGCUAUGAUGUUUGAAUGCGCAGAAUGCGAUGAGUUUACACUGGGCAGUAUUCUGCAUGUUGUUACCAGAAGAGGUGCUUUUGAUCAUGGUAUGGAAAUACACGGCUACCUCAUCAGAGCAGGUUUGGACUCAGAUAAGCACGUCAUGAGUGCUCUCAUGGAUAUGUAUGUCAAUCGCGCCACUCUUCAUAAGCGGCACCAGAUGUUUCCUUUGAGGAUGUUAAAAUAUUAUUUGUCAGCCCAGGGAGAGCUUGAUCAGUUCAUCGUGGCAAGCAGUCUGAAGUCAUGUGCUUCUGAUCUAGAUCUGGCAGCAGGGAGGAUGUUGCAUGCCUGCAUUUUAAAGUCCAGUAUGAAUCCAGAUUCUUAUGUUACUAGUUCGUUGGUCGACAUGUAUGCUAAAUGCGGUGCUCUGGAGGAAUCAAAUCUUCUGUUUUCAAGAACCAAGAAUCCAGGUACGGCUGCGUGGUCUGCUGUUAUCGCAGGAAACUGUCUGAAUGGUCAGUACGGAAGAGCAGUGCAUUUGUUUAGGAGGAUGCAGGCGGAGCAUGUGCAGCCUAACGAAUUCACAUACACCGCCGUACUUACAGCGUGUAUGGCUCUUGGAGAUGCUGUGAGUGGUAUGGAGAUCCACAGCAACUCGAUCCGAAAUGGUUAUGGAAGCAACACCUCUAUUCUGAAAAGUUUGGUCAACUUUUACUUGAGACAAGGUCGGUAUCACCAGGCUCUGAAACUGUGCUUAUCACUCUCAAACCAUGAGGUUUCAUGGGGCACAUUGGUUGAAGCAUUUUAUCAAGCUGGCGAUCACGUCGGAAUAGUUAAUCUCUUUCAUGUUAUCCAAUGUUGUGGGGUGGAGGUUGACCACCAUACUGCACGUCUCAUCUUGAGUUCCUGCGGAAAACUGGCACUUCUUGAGGAAGGGUUGCAAGCACAUGCCUACAUGACCAAGCGUGGCCUUGCUUCCACAGCCUGUAUGAACACCCACCUUAUCAACAUGUACUCCAAUUGUGGUAGCCUCAGACAUGCGUUCGAUGCCUUCAACUAUAUGCCUGACAAGGAUGCAUCUUCCUGGACCUCAAUAAUCACAGCGAACGUCGAGAAUGGCUGCCCGGAGACCGCCGUUCGCCUGUUUUCGCAGAUGCUCAGUAAGGAGAAGUAUCAUCCAACUUCAAAAGCAUUCUUAUCUGCGCUGAAGGCCUGCGCGAAAACCGGCCUUGUAAGUGAAGCAUUCAGGUUCUUUGUAUCCAUGACUGACGUCUACAAGAUACAGCCCUCGGAGGGGCAUUACUCCCACAUGAUCGAGGUGCUGGGUCGUGCUGGGAUGUUCAAAGAGGCAGAGCACUUCAUUGACAGUGUUGUUCCUUCUGAAUCCUGUGCAUCGGCCAGGAGUUUGCUUUGUGCUACCAGACAGAACGGAAAUGAUAAGACCGUGAAGCUUGAAGCAGACAAGCUAGCAAUAGCAAGGCUGGUUCCAGGUGCGCGUUGAGCAAUUGAGCAAAUGCUCACUUGGAAUGAUAAAACCUGUCCAUCGUCUACAAGUCACUGUAGCACUACUAACACAAAGAAAGGAGUAUGCUCCUAGCACUGACACAUGAAGUGAACAUACUGUAACUGCAGAUUCGGUCUAGUACCUUUGUAAAUCUAAAAUAGAGCUUCGUACAUGAUUUACUGGAGUAAAAUUCUCUUAGCAGUCCA